AUGGCGGCAGAGCUGCCCGGGCAGUGGCUGGUCCUGCCGCCCUGGGAACCUUCCGGACGAGGUUCGCCCGCCCCGGCACCGCCCCCGACUUUCCCGGCGCGGAAGGAUUUCCGACCUCCGAGCGUUGGGGGAGAAAAGCACCACCGAGUUCUCGUGACCCGUCAGCAUCCUCCUGCUCCCGCCCUCACUGGCCCUGCUUCCGGCCGGCCCCCGCAGCUGUCCCAGAGAGAAUCUGCCUCGGCCCGGCCCUCGCGGCCCCCGCGGCUGUCCCAGAGGGAAUCUGCCCUGGCCCGGCCCCCGCGGCUGUCACAGGGAGAAUCUGCCCUGGCCCGGCCCCCGCGGUUGUCCCAGAGAGAAUCUGCCCCAGCCGGCCCUCGCGGCCCCCAAGGGUUGUCCCAGAGGAAUCUGCCCGCCCGGCCCCCGCGGCUGUCCCAGAGGGAAUCUGCCCCGGCCCGGCCCCCGCGGCUGUCCCAGAGGGAAUCUGCCCCGGCCCGGCCCCCGCGGCUGUCCCAGAGAGAAUCUGCCCUGGCCCGGCCCCAUGUGUCCCAGAGAAUCUGCCCGCCCGCCCUGGCCCCCGCAGCUGUCACGGGAGAUCUGCCCUGCCCGGCCCCGCAGCUGUCAAGGGAGAAUCUGCCCUGGCCCGCCCCCAGGUUGUCCCAGAGAGAAUCUGCCCCAGCCCGGCCCUCGCGCCCCGCUGUCCCAGAGGAAUCUGCCCGCCCGACCCCGGCUGUCCCAGAGAAUCUGCCCAGCCCGCCCCAGUGUGUCCCAGAAGAAUCUGCCCUGGCCGCCCCCGCGUUGUCCCAGAGAGAAUCUGCCCCGGCCCGCCCUGGCCCCGCAGCUGUCACGGGGAGAAUCUGCCCCUGGCCCAGCCCCGGCUGUCACAGGGAGAAUCUGCCCUGGCCCGGCCCCCGCGGUUGUCCCAGAGAGAAUCUGCCCCAGCCCGGCCCUCGCGGCCCCCGCGGCUGUCCCAGAGGGAAUCUGCCCCGGCCCGGCCCCCGCGGCUGUCCCAGAGAGAAUCUGCCCCGGCCCGGCCCCCGCGGCUGUCCCAGAGGGAAUCUGCCCCGGCCCGGCCCCCGCGGCCCCCGCGGCUGUCACGGGGAGAAUCUGCCUGGCCCGCCUGGCUGUCCCAGAGAGAUCUGCCCGGCCCGCCCCCAUGGCUCCCUGGCUGUCCCAGAGAGAAUCUGCCCCGGCCCGGCCCCCGCGGUUGUCCCAGAGAGAAUCUGCCCCAGCCCGGCCCUCGCGGCCCCCGCGGCUGUCCCAGAGGGAAUCUGCCCCGGCCCGGCCCCCGCGGCUGUCCCAGAGGGAAUCUGCCCCGGCCCGGCCCCCGCGGCUGUCCCAGAGGGAAUCUGCCCUGGCCCGGCCCCCGCGGUUGUCCCAGAGAGAAUCUGCCCCGGCCCGGCCCCCGCGGCCCCGCAGGCUGUCAGUGGAGUCUGCCCCUGGCCCAGCCCCUGGCUGUCCCAGAGAAUCUGCUCCAGCCCGGCCCUCGCGGCCCCCGUGCUGUCCCAGAGAGAAUCUGCCCCGGCCCGGCCCCCGCGGCUGUCCCAGAGAGAAUCUGCCCUGGCCCGGCCCCCGCGGCUGUCACGGGGAGAAUCUGCCCUGGCCCGGCCCCCGCGGCUGUCCCAGAGAGAAUCUGCCCCGGCCCGGCCCAGCGCUCCCCGGCUGUCCCAGAGAGAAUCUGCCCGGCCCGCCCCGGCGUUGUCCCAGAGAGAUCUGCCCCAGCCCGGCCCUCGCGGCCCCGCGCUGUCCCAGAGGAGAUCUGCCCGCCCGGCCCCCGGCUGUCCCAGAGGGGAAUCUGCCCGGCCCGCCUCAGGCUGUCCCAGAGGGAAUCUGCCCUGGCCCGGCCCCAGGUUGUCCCAGGAGUCUGCCCGGCCCGCCCGCUGGCCCCCGCGGCUGUCACGGGGAGAAUCUGCCCUGGCCCAGCCCCCGCGGCUGUCCCAGAGAGAAUCUGCUCCAGCCCGGCCCUCGCGGCCCCCGUGCUGUCCCAGAGAGAAUCUGCCCCGGCCCGGCCCCCGCGGCUGUCCCAGAGAGAAUCUGCCCUGGCCCGGCCCCCGCGGCUGUCACGGGGAGAAUCUGCCCCGGCCCGGCCCCCGCGGCUGUCACAGGGAGAAUCUGCCCCGGGCCGGCCCGGCCUCCUCCGAGGAGGACCCUCUCAUUGCGAAGGCCUUUGGCGAGGGCACAUGCUCCAACACCAGAAGCAGAUCUGGUCUUAUGAGUGACAUUAGAAAAUGA